AUGCAGUCCAAUGCCAUCCCGAUCGCUCUAGUUGCAAACCCUAACCAAUGGUUGAUCAUGCAAUCCUUGGCCAGGUCAAAAGGGAAGGAGAUCGAACGAGAAGACAAUGAGGAAGACAUCAUUUACCAAGAAGAGCACCCCUUUAGGACUGUGAGAGGAGGGGGAGUAGAGAAUUCCGAGGGAGGGGGAUGGGCCGAAAAUUCGAGGGAUGGUGUAAAGGGUAUGGAAGAACAUGAGGAAGGAGGAAAUCGAGAGUUGGGUAUGCUUAAGAUCGGAGGAGGGAGUUCCACCUUAGAUACAUGGGGGGAAAUACGGGAGGAAGACCAAAUAUUCCUCUUUUUUUCCCAUGUUAGUGCAGAUUUUAAACCCGGAGAGCCAGUAAUAGACUGGAAUACUAGAAAACGAGUGGCCUUAGGCACAGCUCGUGGACUGGAGUACCUUCAUGAGCACUGCAAUCCCAAGAUUAUUCAUCGUGAUGUAAAAGCUGCUAAUGUGUUACUUGAUGAAGAUUUUGAAGCUGUUGUUGGGGACUUCGGUUUAGCCAAACUGGUGGAUGUGAGGAAGACUUCUGUGACAACUCAGGUUCGAGGGACUAUGGGCCACAUAGCUCCUGAAUAUCUGUCCACAGGGAAAUCAUCAGAGAGGACUGAUGUUUUUGGUUAUGGGAUCAUGCUGCUUGAACUUGUCACAGGUCAGCGAGCCAUAGAUUUUUCACGCUUAGAGGGGGAAGAUGAUGUAUUACUCUUGGAUCAUGUAAGUUCCUUUAUCCUCUACCUUUUUAAUUUUCUGAAACUUCAUUGGUGGUUCUAA